CAGACUUGUUUGAACGUAAGUCGCUUGUUAAAGCGAACCGUUGAUCUUGGAUGAGCUAAUGACACAAGCAUUGGGGAUUGAUUAUCUUCUAGUCAGCCUGUUAAAUGAUUGGAAUCAUAAGGACUGUUGAAGUAUUUAUUAAGGAGAACCAUUGAAGUAUUGAAAGAAGAACUGAAGAUACCAUUCCAUGUGCUUGUGCCUGCCUGUCAACUUUGAUGAAUUACCUAAGCUGUUGAACAGACAAUAUUGAAGACUGAAGAGGACCCACAAACAUGGGGACAGUAUGGAGCUCACUACUGUUGGCCAUUAUCGCCUGUUUUUGUCAUAUGACAAGGACUAUGCAUAUCAAAGAGAGUUUCCGCGAUGUCAACCAUCUGGCUUUUCGACAGAUGCAGGUGGACAGGAAUUCAGGAAAUGUUUUCAUUGGUGCUGACAAUAAACUGCUGAAACUCUCACCAAGCCUGGCAAAGCUGGAGAGUGCAUUCACUGGACCUCGGGAAGAUAACCCAAAAUGUCCACCACCAUCAAUACCAUGUGAUAAAGAAAAGUACCGUAUGGUCAGUUUUAGUAAAGGCAUUGCUAUAGACAACAGCAACAACAUAGUGAUAACAUGUUCUAGUUUAUUUCAUGGAUUCUGUGAAAAAAGGCUAUUGUCUAACAUCACUGCAACCCAGAGGUACAUUUUUAAACCGAUGGUGCCAAAUGACCAGAAAUCAUCAAGCAUUGUUUUCAUCGCGCCUGGCCCUUCAUCAUCUUCAUCACCUUCAUCUGCCCUGUACAUUGCUGCUUCCUACAGUAACCAGGGAAUGGAGGCGUACCGGGAUCUUGUGCCCGCUAUUAGUGCCAGAGAUACGCAAACGUUUGAAUACUCAUACCGAGAUUCAGUGGGGGGAAGCUACAAACGCAUUGACCAAUCAAUGAAACAGGAUUUUCUAGUCAAAUAUGUUCAAGGAUUUGUUUAUUCUGAUUUUGUGUAUUUUGUAUCAGUUCAGCGACAAGGAGUGACAGCUACAAAUUAUGUGACGAAAAUUAUAAGAUUGUGUCAAAAUGAUCGAUAUUUUAAUUCUUACAUUGAAUUGCCCAUUGAAUGCCGGAAUUCCAGUAUAUUUUAUAACAUGGCAGACGCAGCUUUUUUAGACAUUUCCAAAAUAGGGUCUGUGCAAUCAGCAAAUUUAUAUGUGACUUUUCAUAAAAGUGACGAUCCAAACCAGUCCAUCUUGGAUACUAAUACAGCAGUGUGUGUGUUUGACAUGAUGGAAAUUCAAACAAAGCUUGAUAAUACCAUCACUGCUUGUUACAAUGGAGUUGGGAAACUUGGACCGGAACACAUUCAUCCUACUGAUCAGUGUAAAGCUUCGUCGGGUCAGCCGGAUUUUUGCGGGAAAACCAAGAUAUCACAGGAGUACUCAUCUAUGGAUGUCCCAGAUGCUGUGGAGGUUGUUCCUAUCGUGGAGGAGACAGGGCCUGGCUUUACAGCCAUAGUAACGACCUCUGUACAUGACAGACCUGUUCUGUUUAUCGGUUUGGCCAGCGGAGAACUUAAGAAAAUAACUCUUGCUGAGGAUGGUAACUACACCACUGUGGAAGACAUCAGAGUUGGCUAUGGAACACCUGUCUUACCUGAUAUGUACCUGUCCAAAGAGAAGACUCACUUGUAUGCUCUGACAAAGGAUAAGGUUGUACAGAUCGACGUAGCUGACUGUAACCUUAGGACCACAUGUGAUGCCUGUCUGUCUGUGAGUGAUCCGUACUGUGGUUGGUGUGUCAUGUCCAACAAGUGCACCAGGAAAAGCAAGUGUGCAGUGUCAGAGGUCACACCAGCCUGGCUUCCAGGAACUGCAGGACAAUGUGCAGAAAUCACAAGCCUGUCACCUUCAGCUCUCAGUGUUGAAGUUUUGGAGACCAAAACAGCUAAGCUGUCAUUUCGGGUAGGAGAGGUAAUCAUUCCCAACAAUGCCAAUCUCAAUGUGAAAUGUGUUUUUGCAAAUGGCAUGAAGACCCAAGUGACAAACACAAUGAUGCCGGGUAGCAGCCAAGUAAUGUGUGAUAUUCCAGCCCUUAGCAAACUGCCACCAAUCCCACCUAAAAUAGAUCACACUAACCUCGAAUUACGCCUUCAAGUUGGAGGAAAGUCUGUUGUUUCCAAGCCUGUUUCCUUGUAUGACUGCAGAGUACAUAAAACGUGCACCCUUUGUACAGGAAGCCAAUUCUCUUGCCAGUGGUGUCCAGGUACACAUUCAUGUAUGAACAGUGUCUCUGCAUCAUGUCCAUCUUCAGGUGGAAAUCGCAUACAGACAACUCCGGGCAUAAAGCAAGCCGACAGCUGUCCUAGAUUGGUGAACCCCAAGUCUGACAUUGUGGUCCACUCAGGAGAGCAAAAGGAGGUGUUUGCUGAAUUACCCAACCUACAGUCCAAUCAAACACAAGGCCUGAGUUGUCGUUUUUCAUACCUGGGAAAGUCUGAAGAAGUAAGAGCAACCUACACAGGAGGCCGUGUCUACUGUGACAGAGUUAGGUUUGAAUAUGAUGAUGACGAAACUCCAUACGUUAUGUCAUCAUUCCAAGUCACUUGGGGCCCACAAGCAUAUGUUCUUGAUAACCCAGAAAAUGUUCAAGUUCGAAUCUACAAGUGCCCUCUAAUGGUGACGAAUUGUGGGAAAUGUCUUACUAUGGAUCCGGAGUAUGACUGUGGCUGGUGUGAGGGGUCGUGUAGCCUAGCAAAACACUGCCCUGGGAACUGGCUGGAUCGGGAUGCCACCUGUCCUGAUCCUCAGAUACUAAGGUUUAACCCAACAACUGGUCCUGUAGGAGGGAAAACGAAUGUAUCUGUCACUGGAAUCAACCUGGGCAAGACAGUGGCUGAUAUUCAAGGUGGCGUGAAGGUUGCUGGGGUCAAGUGUGUAGUAGAGCAGAACAAUUAUGAAGCAUCUUCUGGGUUUACCUGUGAAACAGUCCCUACUCCAUUUGACAAUAGUGGCACAAUAUCAGUCCUUGUAUCUGGGAUGUUCAAUGCGGAGUCGGAUAGUAUGUUCAGAUAUGUGACCCCAGUUCCAAAAUCUCUGGAUCCCAAGAAAGGCCCAGUAUCAGGGGGGACAACUGUGAGUGUACAGGGGUCACACAUGAACACUGGCAGCUCUGUGACAGUUACGGUGAAUGGAACUCCUUGCACUGUCUUGAGGUCAAAUGCAACAGCACUGGAGUUUGUAACUGCACCUCAUAAGCAGGAAGGUCGCAUGAAUGUAACACUGAACUUUGGUGGUUCUGAGAAAACCCUGUUGAAAGCCUUCCAGUAUGUUCCUGACCCAGCUAUUGAGAAAAUAGAGCCGAAGACCACCAUUUUGAGUGGUGGCACAACUCUGGCAAUCCAAGGGACCAACUUGGAUAUCAUUGACCAACCCGAGUUCUUCAUACGCCUGCACAACGGGAAGAAAAAAAUGGUUUCCUGCCACAAGAAAAAUGAAUAUCUCAUCCACUGUGUUGCCCCUGGAGUGAAAGAUCAAAAUUACAAUGUGUCGAUGUCUAGUCCGGAAGAGCUACAUUAUGGAUUUGUCAUGGAUUCUGUGAAAAGCUUAGAGAGGAUUUCUGAAUCAUACGAAUUUGGUCCCCUGCUGUACUACCCAGAUCCCAUGAUCAAAACUUUCCCAGAGAACAAUGGUGUCAGGAACUAUGUGAAAGAUGCAAUGUUAACUAUUGAGGGCAAGUUUGUGAAUAUUGAUGAGCUGAUAUCAGAUGUGAUGAUCUUGGUCGGGUCAGACGUGUGUAUACGUCCUUCAGGUACAGAGACCAGUCUCACCUGUGAGCCCCCAACAUCACCUGGAGGUCUGGAUGGUGAAGGGAAAGCACCAGUACAGGUUACUAUCGGUAACUUCAAGGCACAGGUGGGUUACCUGAAAUACUACGAAGUGAAGAACAAUGACAAGCCAAUAGCCUUGGGGAUAAUUUUGGGUGUUGUCUUGCCAAUACUAGCCAUUAUUACUCUUUUGUCAAUCUGUGUGAUUCGGCGUCACCUCAAACAUGGUCCUUCAGACACAGAGAAUUACCUGCCUGAUGUUCUAAGGGAUGAGGAUGAGAAGAAGGAAGAGGAAAUAGCCCUGAGCCUCGUUAAUGGAGAUAUUGCCAAUGACAAAGAAACACAAGCCUUUAUCAACGAAAUCAUUUCUGGAUUAGAAGAUGAGCAUUUACAGCAGAAUGCCAAGCAAAUGUUACUCCCACGAAGUAAACUGGAAUUAGGAGAAUUGAUUGGAAAAGGUCAUUAUGGAAGUGUUUACAAGGCAGAACUCAGAAGAGCUGAUGAUGAACAACCAGUGUUAGUUGCUGUCAAAUCUCUACAAGCUACCCAUAAGGAUACAAAGUCGAUGCAGAAUUUCAUGCGUGAAGCCUUGGUGGUGAAAGAUCUGACACACCCAAACAUCCUAUCUCUGCUCGGGGUAUCAAUCUCGCCCAAUGAGAGCCCCCUGGUGGUGGUUCCUCUCCUUACUAGAGGUGAUCUGAGGACAUACAUCAAAGACACAUCAAAGAAUUUGACCGGUAUGGAGCUGUUACAGUUUGCGGAACAGAUAGCCGACGGAAUGAACUACUUGUCAGGCCUCCGGUUUGUCCAUCGCAACCUUGCAGCAAGAAAUUGUCUAUUAAAUGAAAACCUCAAGGUUGAACUGACAGACUAUGGGCUGACAAAAGAUUUGUUUGACAAAAACCAUGUAUGUAAUGCUGGAAACUCAACCAAACUUCUUCUGAAGUGGAUGGCCCCUGAAACACUGAAAACCCAAGAAUUUAGUCUGAAAACUGAUGUGUGGUCAUUUGGUAUCGUUCUGUGGGAGUUGAUGACAAGGGGGAUAACUCCAUACCCUGAUGUUGAGCCUGAUGACCUUGUCACAUACCUAGACGGUGAACACAGGAUGAAAAAACCCAAACAUUGUCCAGAAUUUGUGUAUAAGAUGAUGAUGAACUGCUGGCAGAAGGUUCCAGAUGAUAGACCAACGUUCUCAGCAAUACAUCAAGAUCUCAACAAGUGGAUUCAACCGUCUGAGGCAGAAGCAGACAGUGGAAGUAAAAACAAUGAAACAAAACCCCUAUAUAAAAAUGUGGAGUGUGCCGGGUCUGCUGAAUACUUGGAUGUGAUUGGUUGAAAGUGAAAUGUGUGGAGUUCAUUAACCUUCCAUCGGGUGGUGUCAGGGUGCUGAAGCAGCUAAUGUUCCCAGAUUGAACUAUAUUCCAUUGAUCUCGAACCAAACUGAUAUUUUUAGGAGAUUUGAGAACAUCCAAUUGUACAUUUUCACCAGGAAGAACGCUUUAUUCUGCUAGCCCUACAGAACCUUGGCUGGAGUGAGAUUAUGAACAUUAUAUUUUUGUAACAUUUUAUGCUGCUAGUUAUGAGGUUGGCUCAUAUAAGGAAUAAAUAAAGGCCCAGGAACAAGACAAGUUGCCAACUUCCAAAAGUCUCCGCCGAAUCCACAACUGUAUCAUGGAUAUAGAGUGUCUGUUCACCAUUGUUCCACGUUGUGCCACAGUUAUGUGUGGAAGGGACCUGCUCUUUUUUUUGGCCUGGACAUCUGCUAACUCACCAGUAGGAAAGUCCUGGUCUUUGUCCGGAAAUAAGAUUUCCUACCAUUCAGCAAAUUAAAGCUGAAGUGCAGUGUAUUUCGCAUUUACAAAUGUCUUGACUGUAAGCUGAUGCAGUGUCAGAAGUCUCGAAGUUACAAGAGGACUGGACCAUAUGCACUUCUGUUUUUGAUAGCGACGCAUUGUGUACAUAUCCUUGGAGUAGGUAUAUACGUUUACAAACUGGUGAGGAAUAUAUUUAUUGGUGAUGUAUAUAGAAUGAUUUUACAUGCUGCUUUAACCGUUUCGUCCACAGACAGCUUUACUGUUUGCCACAGCCUGCAGAUUCCUUCUCAGGUUUGGAUUGCUCAAUGUCUUUUGCUACAUGUAGUUUUGUGUCAAGUUUUGUGUAGGCAUUAAACAAAACCAUGAAAUGGGGCCUCCUUGCAGCAGAACAUUGGGUUACUAUCCUACUUUUCUAUACUGAAACUCAUAUGAAACACGAUUUACAUGUUUAUAUUUUGAUCUUGGGAUUGGUACUGUGGACAGCAAUUCAGGUCAAAAAGCACUCGGUUUCAGAGCUGGAUAUUUUUCUCUAAACACUGCCAAAGCUACAAUAGAUGGUUCACAAUAGUAAUAAUUUUGUCAUGGAAGGACCCAAGCUUCAGUGAAUUGAAACAGGCACAAAACCCAUGUUGCAAUUUUCUGUCAACAUAUUUUCUUGAUUGCUGACAAUAGUGGAGCUAAACGUGAUAAUGAUUGCUGUUAUUCAUUCACUGUAAGAACAGUGGCUCCCUGAAGGUUGGCAUAAAGAUCAGUUUUGGCGGCAGACAAAAGGGUAUCACUUUCUGAUACAUGUACAUGUGACUUGAAUGCCUAAUAACAGGGCGUGUGACAAAAAAAAAUAAUAAAACCGUGAAAUAUCAUAAAAAAUAAUAAAACAGCAGCAGCACUUGAUGUAAGCCAUUCACCACAGUAAACAAGAGACUACUUUUGUAUAAUGACUCACCAUGAGAGACAAAUGAAGAGAAGCCAAAGCAGCUGUCUAAAGAGUGUCCAAAAAAAAUACCAGUGUCCUGCGUUUAGGCCUAAUGUGAUCCUUGGGAGAUAUUGGAUCAACGUGCGUGUGAGGCAAAUAUUUUUGGAGCUGUGAGUUGAUAUUGCUAUGGUAGUUAGGCUUAAGGGUGAAAAUGUCAGUUUGUUUAUUUCAUGCACUUAUUUGUAAGGAAGUGUCGUGAAAUGAGAACUUAUGCAAUGCUUUAUGCUGUGACACUGUUCACAUUGAACUGUACAAAUGGGGCAGCCUUUCAUAAUAUAUAUAAUGUGCUUUUUAGUGAAUUUGCUAAUUGAGGAAUCAGGCAUAAAUAACAAUAAAAAAGCUAUAAAACUUCUUGCUCAGCAAAUUUGCUUUGAUGUUGUUUGAUGAGACAAAUUUUAUUCAUGUCCAUGUAGAAAGACAAUUUAUAGCAAUAGCUCUUUUGUGAGCUUUAGACAUAUUUUAAGAUUUAUAUGCCUAAAAAUAUUUUUGUUUUUUUAAGUAGAUUGAAAGAAAUUGUUUUUCUUUUGUACAUAUCUUUUGAUUGUUUGUACUUUUAUAAAUGCUACGCAUCUGUGUAUGUGGGUUUGUUAUCCCUGUAAAUGGUGCCUCAUGGUCACCGGUUUUUUCAGAACUUUUUGGAAUCUCAAGCAUAAAACACCUCGACAGUUACUCUGUUCAUCAGUCAACUAGUGCAGCUUUUUCUCUAAGUGAAGGUAUUUUAGUCCACAAAGUUUUUUCUAAAUAAAUGUAACUAGUUU